AUGCCUCUCAGUCAGCAAGUGCGCAAGACUUUAUCCUUUCUCAAGAGGGAGGGUAACCCCAGUCACUCUAUUAAUUGCGAUCUUCCAGACGGAGAUCAUUUGCCGCCCCUGACAGGCGGACAUAAACGGCAGCAUGGGGAUUGUGAACAGUGUCAGAAUCGUCGAGACACCCUUGUUGAGGCACUCAAGCAUGCAAAUCGGGCUGUCGAACUAGACGAUGGAGCACUAACCCUUGCGGCUGCAAAGGAAUACAAUCAAUCAGCUGAAUUGCUUGGGAAUCUGUUGGAGGCGAUCAUAGACUCAGAUCUGAAGGAUACCGGAGAAUUUGAACACGAAGACGUCACUCGCUUAAGAAAUCUCUGUGAUGCGUAUAGAGACCGAGCAAACCUGAUCUACUCGGUUCAUGAGGGGGUGGUCACAAGGCGAGAGGCACUUUGUGAUAUCGAUGGUUCCAAUUAA